AUGGGGCAUCGCCGCUGGUUGAAUGCGAGUCACAAAUUUCGAAAAGAUGGUACGUCGUUUGAUGGAACUUUUGAAUUUGAACCAUGUCCAACUCGGUUAUCGGGGGCUAAUGUGUUACGACAGCUAGGGCCUAAGCAUCAACCAACUAACAGACAAAAAAGAACUAGGAAAGGAAAGGAAAAAGAGGACAACGAGGGGGAUCAUAAUUGGAGGAAGAGGAGUAUUUUCUUUGAGCUUCCAUAUUGGGAGCAUAAUUUGAUUCGCCACAAUCUUGAUGUAAUGCACAUUGAGAAGAACGUGUGUGAUAAUGUAUUGUGGACGAUAUUAAAUGUUGAUGGGAAAGGAAAGGAUAAUUUAAAUGCUCGUCGAGACUUGCAAGAUAUGGGAAUUCGAAAGGCAUUACAUCCUAAAAAAGGGGUUGGGAACAGGUAUUAUUUGCCGCCUGCAUGUUUUGCUAUGAACAAUAGAGAGAGAGGUUUGUUUUGUACACUCCUGAAGAAUAUCAAAGUUCCAGAUGGGUAUGCAUCCAAUAUUUCUCGUCGUGUUAACCUCAAACAACAUAGCAUAUCUGGACUGAAAAGUCAUGACAACCAUAUAUUGAUGCAACAAAUACUUCCAAUAGCAGUGAGAAAUUUGUUACCGAAGAAAGUUGUUGAACCAUUGAUUGAGUUAAGCAAUUUCUUCAGGCAGUUGUGCUCCAAAACUCUAGAGCCAAAUGGGUUAGAUCAUCUUCAAUCCCAAAUUGCUCUUACACUUUGCCAUCUUGAGAGAAAUUUUCUUCCAUCAUUUUUCGAUAUAAUGGAGCACUUGCCUAUUCACCUAGUAGAGGAGGCCAAGAUUGCCGGUCCAGUGCAAUAUCGCUGGAUGUACUUUAUAGAAAGGUAUCUUAUGACACUUAAGUCAUAUAUGCGUUAUCGAAGUCAUCCAGAAGGUUCAAUUGCAGAGGGAUACUUAGUUGAAGAGUGUAUGACCUUUUGCUCAAGGUACUUGGAUGAUGUCGAGUCAAAAUUGAAUCGACCAAUUAGGAAUUACGAUGUUAGCGACAAUCCUGGGAUAUUACUGGGUCAUGCUUUAGGAAAAGAAAAAGGGUUUGCGCUUGAUAGCACAUCAUGGGUACAAGCUCAUCGGGAACAUCGUGAUUUUAUUAAGCGGUCACAUCGUCGUCUCAAAGAUUUUGAUGUAGAUCGCCGUCACAAUGAUGAUUUUCCCAGAUGGUUUAAUUCUCAUGUUGAAGAGCUUCUAGCUAUUGAAAAUGCUGUGUUGUCAGAUGAGAUUAAAACUUUGGCAUUGGGACCUAGUAAAAAGGCCACGAGAUUCAGUGGGUAUAUAAUUAAUGGUACUAGGUAUCAUACGAGGAGUCGUGAGUGGAGAAGAAAAACUCAAAAUAAUGGGGUUAUGGUGAAAGCAAAGACUUGUAGCUAUGCAAGUACCAGAGACAUGAAUCCCGUGGAAGGUGAAGUAGCAUACUAUAGAUAUGUGACAGAUAUUAUUGAAUUGUAUUAUUCAUACGACCGUAGAUAUGUGCUAUUCAUGUGCGACUGGAUUGACAACAACAAAGGACUGAAGCAGGAUGGGUUUGGUUUCACACUUGUUAAUUUCAAUCAUUUGUUAUAUACAAAGAAACAAAAUAGUGAUGAGCCAUUCAUCCUAGCAUCUCAGGCACAACAAGUUUUCUAUGUUAAUGAUCCCGUUGAAGCUGAUUGGGAUGUUGUAGUCAAGAUGAAACCUAGAGACUUGUAUGAGGUGUGUGGAGAACAACCAAUUAAUGAUGGAGAACAUCACAAUGAAGUGGAAGGAUUUGGCGACAAGAGUUAG